AUGCUAAUCCAGCAUAUGGCUCAGUUCAUUCAUUUCACCCCAAACUUCCUCCGAAACGACACACUCAUUAAGACUUAUGGGUCAAGAGGAAAGGUCUUGGUUCAUGAAUGGGCUCAUCUGAGAUGGGGCGUGUAUGAUGAAUACAGUGAAACAAAACCAUUCUACUACUCUAAUGGCCGUAUUGAAGCUACAAGGUGUAGCAAAAACAUUGAAGGUCAGUUUUAUGAUGAAUCACGUCAACCGUGCCAGACUGAUCCACAAACUUUACUACCGACUGAAUGGUGCAAGUUUUUUCCUAACAAAUAUCAAAACACAGACAGCUCUAUAAUGUUCUUACCAAGCCUGGAUUCUGUGAGCAAAUUUUUUCAUGAAAACGAGCACAAUUAUGAAGCCCCAAACUUGCAAAACAAAAAAUGUGGCAAAGCAACACGGACUGUGAUAUAUGAGGAUUCUGUUGAUAAAGACGCACUUCGUUCUCUGAAACCACUGCUGUCCUCUCCACCAGUGCCAACUUUCAAAGUUGUGCAGCGAAAGCAUCGGGUUGUUUGUCUCGUCCUUGAUGUCUCAGGAAGCAUGCAAGGCUCCAGAAUCCUUCGACUACAGCAGGCUGCCACACAUUUCCUGCAGAACAUCAUUGAGGAUCAAGCCAGUGUUGGAAUUGUAACCUUUAGUUCUGAUGCUUCUACUCUGAGCCCCUUAACUACUAUUGACAGUGAAUCCACACGAGAGAAACUCUUCAAAUUGUUGCCAAAAGUAGCAGAUGGAGGGACAUACAUUUGUAAAGGCCUCAAUCUAGGCUUACAGGUACUCAAAAAGGACAAUGGGGAUGUGAUAGGGGAUGAAAUCAUUUUUCUGACAGAUGGUGAAGCAUCGGACGAUAUUAAUAGUUGUGUUCCAGCUGCAGUUGAAAGUGGCGCCAUUAUACACACAAUAGCUUUGGGUGAUAAAGCAGAUAAAGCACUGAGGGAAAUGGCUGACAAAACUGGUAAGUACCAUCAUCACAUAAUGACAUACAAUGUUCCAGAAAAAGUCUAAAUUAAAAUAAAAGAGAACUCCAAGUUCCAUGUAAAUUAUUUAUUUUUUUAUUUUUUUUGGUUAAUCUCUAAAUUUAUUAUA